AUGGUCGGGGAAGAGAAGAGGCAUCAGAUGAUGCAAAACUUAUUCGGUGACCAGUCAGAGGAAGAAGAAGAGGAAGAGGAAGAGGUCGAAUCAGAGCAUGAAUCCAAUCCACAGCCCGACUAUGUGUCUGAUGAAGGGGAUGGAGGCAUGGAGCCUGAGGGUGAAGGUGAAGCUGAAGUUGAAGGUCAAAGGGAAGCAGAAGUUGAGAGCGAAGGUAAAUUACGUGAUGUACAUCAUGAUAUUGGAGAGAGUGAGGGUGAAAGAGAUCAAAGUUCUCAAGAAGUAGAAAUUGGUGAUCCAAGGGAAGAAAGUGAACGAAAGUAUUCAGAUAGCGAUGAAAGGGAAGAGUUCGGUCAACGAGUAGUGACAAGUAAAAGACGAGAUGUAAUUGACAGCGGAUCAGAAAGAUCUGAGGAUAAUCAUUAUGCUGAAAAUGAUGAUGAGGAUGUAGACCAGGCUAGAAGUCCGAGUCAUAGUAGAUCAUCUGGUGAGGAGAAAGAUGAGGCUCAUAUUCCACAGUCAGCUCCUGAGAUCCGUGAUGUGUUUGGGGACUCUGAUGAUGAAGAACCAGUAGAAUAUGGUGCUCAGAAUCAUAUCGAGGAAGAUUCAAAUAGAUUCCCUAUGGAAGAGGAAGGUAGUUAUGAGAAAGAUCUGAUACUAGAGGAUAUGUUACCUGGUGAAGAUGGUCAGUAUGAGUCUGAAGAAGAGAACAUUGAGGUUAAAUCUAAGGAGAAACCAGUUGGCCCUCCCUUGGAGCUUGAGAUUCCACUACGCCCUCCUCCAGCUCAUCCAGAUAAGAUGAACAUGAUCAAAGUUUCUAAUAUAAUGGGCAUUGACCCCAAACCUUUUGAUCCCAAGACAUAUGUUGACGAGGACAUAUUUGUAACUGAUGAAUCUGGAUCCCAAAGACGUAUUCGCUUAGAGAAUAACAUUGUGCGCUGGAGGGCUGUGAGAAAUCCUGAUGGCACUACAUCUUAUGAAAGCAAUGCUCGCUUUGUGAGAUGGUCGGAUGGCAGCUUACAGUUGUUGAUUGGGAAUGAAGUUCUUGACAUAUCGGUGCAAGAUGCACAGCAUGAUCAAGCACACCUUUUUCUAAGACAUGGGAAGAACCGCUUAAAUCGGCAAGAACGGACAAUUUUUAUAAACCUGUCGCAAACUGGACCACUUGCAAUCCUGGCUAAAGAUGUGGUCCACCUGAAUGAAGAGACGGUCCUCUUGGCUCCCCUCAGCUACAGAGCACGUGACAUGCUUUCAAAGGGAAUCCUCCAAUCUCAGGGAAGGCUUCUAAGGAAGAUGAGGUUUAUGCCUUCGUCUUUAUCAUCUAAUUCUCAUCGAUUGUUAACUGCUCUUGUUGAUUCGCGGAAUAAGAAGGUUUACAAGGUCAAGAACUGCAUUACUGACAUUGACCCUGAGAGGGAAAAGGAGCAAAAAGAAAAGGCUGCAAGUCAGACAAUUAAAGCAAAUGAACUUCUUCAUCGGAAAAAGGAAAAGGUGACUCGGAAAUAUACACAAACUGUACGCAGGGAGCGCCAGCUUUCGCCUGGCUUCUUGGAGGAUGCACUUGAUGAGGAUGAUGAAGCAGAUUAUUAUGAAUCUCGACGCUCUGCUGCUCGACGUCGCUUUGAGGAAGACCUGGAAAUGGAAGCUCGAGCUGAGAAGCGCAUUAUUAAUGCAAAGAAGUCUCAGGCACACAAUGAUACCUCGCGAAAGUCAUCCUUGCCAGCUGCAAAAUCAUCUCGGCGCCCAGUGCCUUUCUCUGAAAGUGAGAGAGAGGAGUCUGAGUAUGAAAGUGAAGGGGAGGAAGAUGAGAAGUACCCACGUAGAAGGGAGGAAGAGCCAGAGCAAGAUGAAGAAGAUGAGGAAGAGUAUGAGGAAGAGGAGGCAGCAGUAAAUGAAGCAUCAGAAGAUGAGGCUGAGGUAUGCUGCAUAUAUUUUCCUCAAACAAAGUAUUGCAUGGACCUGCAUAUUCAGUUUACUAACUGUAGGUGGAUUCUCACUUGUGCAUACCUGAUCACCAUUUUUGAGGCAGAAACAUUCCAAUUAAGGACUAGAAGAAGUUCCAGAUGGAAAAGUACUAAAUGCAAUUAAUCUGAAGAACAUUUCACUUUUUCCUGUGUAAACUGU